AUGCGGUUGAUUUCGAUCAUCAUCUUUUACCUCUUCUUCUGCCCUUGCUCGGCUGGUCUGAUCGCUCGCUUUUUCUUACAACCCAGGGAACAUGGGUCUUUUAAUGGAUCCAUGCAAAAUAAUAGAUCGUCAUCCAUCUCGCGAAUCUUGACUGCUGCGAGUCUAUCUAGUAAUAAUGGUGGGCUUGCCGUCAUUCCCAUCACUCCUUCGACUCCAGCCCAGACUCAAAUCCCCAGCUCGGGCGGCAAUACUGCCAGCAACUCUACGCCUGAUGACGACCCACAGCCCUCAUCCGCGGCACCUAGUCUUUCUCUCAUCCGCUCUUCCAUCGUGACUCCAUCAUCAGAGAUCCCCAAAGCUACAAGCACCAUAUUGACUGCUGGUGUUGUGGGCCCUUUACCCAGUGCCGGCACAGAGAAUCCGUCUCUACCUUCGGUAACGUCUACAAGCCCGGCAAAUCCAGAUAAUAGGCUUUCCACUCAGAGCUAUCGCCCCAGCAAAGAAGAUUCAUCAUCAAGAAUCUCUAAGAAUACAGCUACCAGACUGACUGCCGGUGUGGUAGGCCCCAUGCCAGGUGUCAGUACAAGUAAUCCAUCUCCGCCUACAGCGCCUACAGGGCCGACAGAGCCGGGCAAUGCGCCCUAUUAUACACGAGAAAGCACGGCUUCGUCGUCAAGAGUUUCCGAGACCACGAGUACCAGAUUAACCGCUGGCGUGGGCACAGAGGACCCGUCUCCUCAGCCCACAGCUACGUUCACGACUCCCACGAUCCCAGAAGCCGAGUCUCUUUUUACAUACAGAAGUAUAGUACCUAUCUCGGACGGUAUCAACCAAGGAUAUCAGUCCAACAAUGCUGCGUUACAACCAGCCACGACUAUAGGCUCUGCCAAUCAUUCGAAUCCACAGGACCCAACGUCAUCUUCAUUAUCUGUUGAACCAGAAGAUCAGCCAUCAGAGGAAACACCCACCCCUGUCACCAAACCGGUCAUAGUCAUGGUUACCCCAUCCACCACUGAGUCCUUUUCAUCAACAAAAUCCACCCAGGAGAGCGACUCCACGCGAAAAGUAAUCCCAGAGACGCCACAGCUAGCGAGUCCCACACAUACGCACACGCAUGCAACAGCAGAAGUACAAACAGAAACGUCAGAGGUAACGACUAUUCACGCAAUAUCAACCUCAACUGUUAUUGUGACCAUUACGCCAUCAUCAACGACUACUUCCGCGUCGGCCUCUGAGUCCGAAUCUGACCCCAAGACAAUUACAGUCCCAGGUAGGACUUCUGCUGGUGAUGAUGAUUCUGUUGGCGAUGAUGAUAUGCAAGGGUUGUCUGUUGUUCCAGUCACACCCACGGGGUUCGUUACUGUGACUGAGACGAAAACCGUGGCUGAUCGAACUGAGACCGUGACUGUAACUGUUACUCGAUGA